CAAACAUCAAUGGACUUAAAGCUAGGUGGCAAGUAUAAAAUAGGCAAAAAGCUAGGAUCAGGCGCAUUUGGAGAGGUUUACGUAGCCAAAGAUCUAAAUAACGACAGUGAAGUCGCUGUCAAGGUUGAAUCCAACCGAACUCGCCAUCCACAAUUAUUACAUGAAGCCAAGUUAAUUAAGAUGCUUAAGGGUAAAGGAAUACCAGAGCUCAAAGGAGCCAUUAUUGAAGGAGACUAUAAUGUCAUGGUGAUGCAGCUAUUAGGUCCCAGUUUAGAAAACCUGUUUAAAAUGUGUAAAUAACAAAUUUGGAUUGCAUACAACACUUAUGUUUGGAAUCCAAGCACUUGAGAGAGUCGAACAUAUUCAAUCUCUUGACUUUCUUCAUAGAGAUAUAAAGCCUGAUAAUUUUACUAUCGGUAACAAAAAGCCAUCUACAGUAUAUAUGAUUGACUUUGGACUGGCCAAGAGGUUCAGGAAUCCAAAAACCGGUCAACAUAUCCCAUGGAAAGAAGGCAAAAAUCUUACUGGGACAGCCAGAUAUGCCUCCUUGAACACCCAUCUUGGUUAUGAGCAAUCGAGGAGAGAUGACCUAGAAGGCCUUGGGUAUGUGAUGCUCUAUUUCCUUAAAGGAAAAUUGCCAUGGCAAGGCCUUCCAGCUAAAACUAAAUAAAGAGAAGUAUGAUAAAAUCAAGGAAAAGAAAAAGAUGCCUAUAGAAGACCUCUGCUAUAAAUUACCCAAAGAAUUUUCAAAGUACCUAAAUUAUUGAAGAAGCCUUAAUUUUGAAGAUAAGCCUUGCAUUUCUGAUCUACGGAAACUUUUUAAAAACCUUCUCUCAAAGAAAGGAUAUGAGUAUGAUUUGAAAUUUGAAUGGCUAAACAAGAAGCCACUCAAAACUAUCAAAUAUGUAGAGCAAGAAGAGGAAGAGCCUGAUUAUAAAAAGAAGCUCAAAGCCAUCUUCGAUCAUUAA